CAUUCUCAUGCUUCUCGCUCGUAUGAGUGGAGAGGCUCCUCUUCCCUGAGGGGUCUCCUAACUUGACGUGACACGAGUUGCUGUGCGCCGCUCUCCCGGUUUGGCCCAUCUGCUCUCCUCAGUGCCUCUCCCAGGAGUGAGGGAGUAUUUACGGAGCACAUGUGGAGCUCGGCCCUUAAGAUAUUAAUAACGUCUGUAUUGGAGGGGAGGGUGCAGGAGGGGAGUAGGGGGGCUGUGAUCCACCCGAGCAAGCGAGCAGGGGUUUGGAAAUUCCAGUCGGGGCACGGUCAGUUUCCCAAUAUAACCUACAGCGAAGCAGUGCCCAUGCCGAACCAGGGUUUAGGCUGUCAGCCACAGUGUGUGUGAGUAUGUGUCUGCCUGUACGUGAGUUGGUGGGAGCUCUAGACAGGAUCAGGUGAAUAUGCAGCAGUGAGAAGGACUGAGUGGCAGUGUGUGGACGUUGGCUUCGCUAAUUUGCUAGUUCCUCUCUCUCUUUUCUCACCCUUUUCUCCUCCUCUCUUGCUAGACCCCUUCCCCCUCUCUCCCUAUCUCUCUAUCCCUUCAUUCCUUCUCUCUCUCUCUCUCUCUCUCUGCUGUUGUGAGUGUGAGAGCGUGUGUGGGGCACCAUGAUGCAUGGAAUGGACCAUGAGGAGGUGGACAUUGACCUGGACGAUAUGGACGAGCCACAGCAGACACAACCACAGCAGCUGCAGCAGCUGAGUUGGAAGAUGCCUCUAGAGACAGUCCUGGAGGAGGAAGAGGAGGAGGAGGAAGAUGAGAUCUCCACUCAGAGCGACACCAGGCCCCUGAUCAAUGAGAGGGACCCACGGCAGAUGAAUGAGUGCCUGAAGGUAACCUUCGAAGACGUGAUCGCCGAACCUGAAUCUGUCCGUAGCGGAGACCGUAUCUGGAUCUGGAGCAAUGCGUUGUUCGAGGUGUCCAGGGUGUGGUUCUACCGGAUCGUGACUGUGCUGCUGGCCGUGCCAGUGUCGCUCAUCGCCGGCAUGCUGUUCGGAGUCCUCAGCUGCUUCCACAUCUGGGUUCUGACUCCAUGCGUGAAGAUAACCCUCCUGAACACGGGCUGGCUGCAGACACUGUGGAGCAGUCUGCUGGACAUCUUCGUCCUCCCAUUGGUCCAGAGCGCUGCCGGGUGCCUCAACAGCAUAAGUGUGCGCCAGGGGAAGCAGUGACACGGUGAACUAUGGACUGGAGUCCACCAUUCAGAGACCAAUGGGGGUUUGACUCCCGAUUUUCCAGUCGGGAAAGACAAAUGGUGGGAAUACAUCAACCAGUGAGAAGAACGUGUUGUUCCCUAUUUUCACCUUGAAGGUGGAGAGGAAGUUGAUGAAUGGACAUUUGGAGCAUAAUCCAAGAUUUUUUUUUUUAAAUGACGCUGGGAUGGAAGACAAGCAAAUUUAUAUUUGUAAUCUGUCUGUGAAUGAGAUUUGCUCUGCUUGUGGAUGUGGGACUGAAUAAUGACUAUGGUGUUAUGGGAUGUGUUGACUGUGUGCUUAAAGCUUAAUCUUUUCUGACUGGAGGCUGUGCUGAUUGCCAUUUCUUUUGAACUCCCUUUUACCACUGGCAUUCUUGACUUUAUGUCUAUUGUGAAGUUUUCUUAUUGGUUCACUCAGGCAGGCGAUGUUGUCUUACUACAGGGCCUUACGUCCUAUAGCCAUUUUGUUUCAGGCCACCUUUCUUAUGGGCUAUGUUCGAUAUCAGAAAAUGUGAUGUCAGCUACCUAAAUCACCACUAACAUCAAUUCCAAAAUGUGCAUUCAAAAUGUAUUUAGUUUUUGGUAUUC